AUGGCUGUGACCAGUCGGCGCUUGGUGCUUAUUGUGAUAUCUUUGCAUUUCCGGAUUGAAUCCAUGCUGACCAUUGCUGAGCGUCAACCUGCAUAUCACAGGUUGCUGAUUGUUCUGCCACCAACCUUUACCCCAAUGUUCAUCUCAUCCAGGUUGAGCUUCCUCAUGAUUACUUCUGCGUAUAAGUUGAAGAGGAAUGGGGAGAGAACACAGCCUUGUCUGGUGCCUUUUCUGAUCUUAAACCAAUCUGUGUCUCCAUAUCUAGUUCGUACUGUCGCAUCUUGGAACAGUUUGGCGUUCCAUGGUGGGAGUAGCUCAAUAGGCUUAGCACCGUUUUGGGAGACCCCAGCUGACACUGUAUUGUACAUAUUGAGCUGGUUCCAGACCCCAGCUAUCAAGGAAUAUUCUUCUUCAAAAGAAAUCCAAGCAACUGUGAAAAGAUUUGUUCUUCCUCUUCACGAAAAGAUGAAAGAUAUAAAAGUUGACUGGAAAGUGACCCGUUUUGAAGUUGCUGAGGUGGAUGGGAUUCCUCUUACCAAAAAAAUGUGUGAAAUGUGGGAUAAAACCUGGGCUUUCCAAGCCAGACCUGAUGAUCUUCUCAUAGCAACUUAUGCAAAGGCAGGUACAACAUGGACUCAGGAGAUUGUAGACUUGAUCCAACAUGAGGGAGACACUGAGAAAUGUAAACGUGCUUCCAUUUAUGAACGUCAGCCUUUUAUUGAAUGGUUUUUGCAUGAAAGUUUACCCUUGGGCCGGGAACUAGCUGAAACAAUGCCCUCACCAAGGACACUGAAAACUCAUCUUCCUGUUCAGCUUGUACCACCAUCCUUUUGGGAGCAAAACUGUAAGAUCAUCUAUGUGGCAAGAAAUGCUAAAGACAACGCAGUGUCUUACUACCACUUCCAUAGGAUGAAUCAAAUUAUGCCUGAGCCAGGAACAUGGGAGGAGUUUCUUGAGAAAUACAUAGCUGGAAAAGUGCUCUGGGGCUCCUGGUAUGAUCACGUAAAAGGAUGGUGGAAGGCAAAAGAUAAUUACCGUAUUCUCUACCUCUUCUAUGAAGACAUCAAGGAGAAUCCAAGACGUGAAAUCCAGAAGGUGAUUCAAUUCCUGGAAAAGGACUUGGAAAAUGAUGUUCUAGAUAAGAUCAUCCAUUAUACACAAUUUGAGAUCAUGAAAAAUAAUCCUAUGGCAAACUACACUACUGUGCCUCCAGAGAUACUGAAUCAUAAAAUCUCCCCAUUCAUGAGAAAAGGAGCUGUUGGAGACUGGAAGAACCAUUUUACUGUAGCACAAAAUGAGAGAUUUGACGAAGACUACGAGCAGAAGAUGGCAGGAACUUCUCUAACUUUCCGCAUGGAGCUUUAAGGAAGAACAGAUUCUUCAUUAUAGCAAUAUUAUACCACCACUAGCACCCCAUUACUUCUACAGAAUUUAUUUAUAAUACCAUAAUUUAAAAUAUUUCUAUCCUGCGUUUCCAGUAAAUCAUGUUCCAACUGUGGCUUCAUACUUUCUGGUCAUGAUUUCUUUUAAGAUUUUAUGUAGACAAGCAUCAAAAAACUUUUCUUUUAAGCUUGUAGUCGUAAUUAUAAUUCAUUCUUAAUUUCGAAUUAUUAUUUAUUUAAGAGUAAUUCUCAUGGACUAACAACAGUAAAUGUGUUUAGGUAGCUCACACUUAAGGACCCAACUGCAUUCCAAGCUAAAUUCUGUUAUAUGCAGCUGCCCAGCUCUAUUGAUCCUGUAUACACUAGAUCUGUUCCACAUUAGAAGUACAUCCUGAGGUCAUACACAGUUGGAUUAUUCUGAAGCAAUAGGCAGCACAAUCCUAUGCAUAUUUACUCAGAAUCAUAGACUCAUGGGGUUGGAAGAGACCUCUAGGGUCAUCUAGUCCAACCCCUUGCACAAUGCAGGAAAUUCAGAGUUCUCUCCUCCCCUCCAUACACACACACACCCUUACUGCAUGCCCAGAAGAUGGCAAAACAUCAUCAGGAUCCCUAGCCAAACUGGCCUGGGGAAAAUUGCUACUUGACCCCAAGGUUGCAAUUGGCCUUACCCUAGGCGUGUAACAAGGGGCCAAGACAACUAAGCACUGGUGUAACCCUUCCUGCCCUCCAUCUCAUGAUCUGCCUGGUUCACAGAAUAAGUAUUGCUCUCAGAUGGCUAUCUAGUCUCUGCUUAAAAACCUUCAAAGGAGAGCUCAUCAUCUCCCGAAGAAGCCUGUUCUGCUGAGGGACCACCCUGUAAGGAAGUUCUUAUGUUUAGCUGAAAACUCUUUUGAUUUAAUUUCAAAGUAAGAAGUAAGUCCCAUUGAGUUCAAUAUGUUUUACUUCCAAUGUGGAUGGGAUUGUAAUCUGGAUUGCCCCUUUUCUCCACUUCCAUUCAGUAUUUCCUAAUUUCUUCUUUAUUUCAUGUUAGACCUUCUCUUUUUGUCUACUCACUCCACUUUCUCCUUUCCUAAAAACAAUGCUUAAUUUGAACAAGGCUUUCCAGCACACAACUCCAGUAUUUCUUUCAUACUAGAGUUUAGCUUGGAUAGAUUAGAUAAUGGGAAUAUGAAUUUGAGACCUGGCAUGUCUCUAGUAAUCAUAGCUUGUGAGAAAGACAGGAGAAGAUACCAAAAUGCAAGAGCAGAACUGUUUCAUCCCCCACCCCACUUCAAGAUGGGCUCCAGAAAAUCUUGCUGGCCUUCUAUUUUGUAAAUCCUUCUGCACCACUAUGCACUACGUUAAUUUGUUGUUUCCUUAAACCAUUGCUUUUACAAAAAUGUA